AAAUCUAAAAACUCAGAGAUAAUGCAGUUUCACAGAAAAAAGAAAAAAAGUGAAGGCUGAAAAAGGCUGAGCACAGCAGACUAGUGGGAUAUAUAUAUGAUCCACUGUGGGCCUGGAUACUUCUGAUCUUUUAAAACCAUGAGACCGCUCUAUGUUCUGCUGCUUAUUGGAGCUGCUGCGGCAGUUCCCCACUAUGAUGGAAGGAUCAUCGGUGGGCAGGAGUGUGAGCCGCACUCUCGUCCUUACAUGGCGUCCCUUAACUAUGGGUACCACUUCUGUGGAGGAGUGCUCAUCAGUACUCAGUGGGUGCUCUCUGUCGCACACUGCUGGUACAAUCCAUAUUCGAUGCAGAUCUUCCUGGGAGAACAUGAUGUACGUGUAUUUGAGGGAACAGAGCAACUCAUGAAGACUGACACCAUCAUCUGGCACCCAAACUAUGACUACCAGACUCUGGACUAUGACAUCAUGCUGAUCAAGCUCUUCCAUCCAGUGGAGGUGACUGAGGCAGUUGCACCCAUCUCACUACCCACUGGCUGUCCAAUGGGAGGCCUCCCCUGCUCCGUGUCUGGAUGGGGGAACACUGCUAAAGAUGGUGAAGAAGUAAACAUGCCCACCCGUCUGCAGUGUUUGGAUGUACCCAUAGUGGAUGAUGAGGACUGUGAAAACGCCUAUCCAGGCAUGAUCACGCGCAGGAUGGUGUGUGCUGGUUACAUGGAUGGAGGCAGAGACGCAUGCAAUGGUGACUCUGGCAGCCCUCUGGUGUGUGUUGGAGAAGUGCACGGCCUGGUGUCAUGGGGUCAAGGCUGCGCUCAGCCCAACUACCCUGGAGUUUAUGUUAAAGUAUGCGAGUUCCUCUACUGGAUUGAAGACACUCUUGCAGCCAAUCCUUUAAAAAAUAUAUAAAUUCUUCUCUCCUCC